GUCUUGCAGCCAAUUGGCACACAGCGCAGCCUUUUAUGCAUAUUUCCAAUUAGAUCCUCCAUAUACUGCCUCUCUGCUGCUUACAACUGUCGCAAUGUUGCGCUCCGCUUGCAACUCGGCCAUCGGGCGUCGCCCCGCGCCCUUCAGCUCUGCGCAGCCGGUGGCGCGGAGUCUUGUUCGCGUUAAGAUUGGUGGCGGAGCACCUCAGAUGACGCCCGAACAGAUGCAGGCGAUGCAGCAGGCGAUGAAGGACCCUGCCUUCGCCAAGCGCAUGCAGGAGAUGCAGGAGAUGAUGAAGCGGCCCGAGGUGCAGCAGCAGAUGGCGGCCAUGCAGGCUGCCAUGCAGAACCAGGCCCUGCAGCAGCGCAUGGCCUCGCUCAAGGACGACCCGGAGUUUGCGGACAUCUUCGCCGACAUCCAGAAGGGCGGCAUGCAGGCUCUGAUGAAGUACUACAACGACCCCGAGUUCCUCGCCAAGCUGGGCGACAAGCUGGGUGACGUGGCGCCCGCCGUCGGCGCGCCCGCCGCCGCCGUACGGCCGCCGCCGGCCGCCGCCGCCGCCGCGGCGCCGACGGAGGCCCCCGAGAUCAACAACAUCCGUGACGCCGCCAAGUAUGGCGACGAGGAGGCAGUGGAGGACUUUAUUGCCAUCGGGAAAGACCUGAACGAGCCCGACGCCCAGGGCCGCACCGCGCUGCACUACUCUGUGGCCUACGACCAUCCCGUCAUUGCCAAGAUGCUGGUCGACGAGGGCGCCAACCUGGAGGCCCGCGACUCGCUCAACAACACGCCGCUGCACUACGCCGCCGGCUACGGCCGCGUGGCACUGGCGCGCAUGCUGCUGGACGCCGGCGCCGACAAGACCGUGCAGAACAACACCGGCAAGACGCCCAUCGACCUGGCCAAGCUGGACGGGCGCAACCCUAUCAACGCCGACGCCGAGCUCAUUAAGCGCCUGGAGCUGUAAAUGCGUGUAAUGUAUUUGUGUUGUAGAAAAGCACAAGAGGAGGUGAGGAGAGAGGAAAGGACGAGAGGAGAUUAGGCGAGGGCGGACAUCAUGCGAUUAGAUACGCGUGUGUUGGUGUGGGGUAUUUUACCGCUCACAGCCGCUGCGGAAGUAUGGGGUCAGGCUGUGCGCCAGAGCAGGGCUGGGAGGUGCAGGAGCAGCGGUGGGCACAGGUUUGAGGUGCACGGAAAGGAGGACGGUCGGACAGGAGCUGAACUGCAGGGGCGCUGCUGGGGGCUGCUAUGCUGUUGCUGCUGUUCGGAUUGGUGGCAGUGGCAGCGGUGCACGUAAGUGUCAGCCCGUGCAUGGCUGGCAUUGUGUUUUAUCGCAUCCAACUGCGGGUGCAGCCAGGGAAGGUAGCAGGUGAUGGCUAUGUAGGUGGUGGAGCUGAGGACCUGAGGCAGGCACGCAUGUAUGCAGCUGUAAGCGUGUGUGUGGGGGGGGGGGGGGUUGCCUCUGGUAAUGUUAGUAAUGUGGUACGGAAUUGUUGCAUUGAGGCGGCCGGCAACGUGAUGGGCAGCUGGCGUGGAAGGGAUUGCCCACGUAAGCAUGUGAGAGUUGCAGUGCAAUGCAAAGUCGAAAUUCCCAAGAAAGCU